AUGCUCCCUCGAGCUAUCCCGGUGGCGUCGACUGCUGCCCUGAUGUUCGGGUAUCUGGUCGUGGACCCGUCCGCCCGGAUGGCCAGGAUGGGCCGAGCCGGGGGAGCCAUCCUCGAGGAGCACCGUAAGCACAAGCAUGAGAUCGAGCACGAGAAGAAGGAAGAGCGAGCGGAGAGGCAGGGGGAGGAGUCCGACGGGCAGGAUUUCCCACAGGGCCAGAUCGACCGGGAAGAGAAGCCCGCCACCUACACGGCGCUGACCGUGGACCGAAAGGACCUCGAAGAAACACCCCCGGCCGGAGCCGAGGCGGUCGGCGCGGCUUACGACCAACAGGACGGCAUCACGAAGGCCGUCGGCAUCACGCUCCCUCCAGAUGCGUGUCCAGAUCAGAUACCCGGUGUGCCGAACGUCCCGGUGUCGGCUAUGGUGGUCGGGGCGGCUCCGCCGAGCGUGCCGGGGGAGAACUCCCCUCUCCCCGAUCAGCAAUCGGGAGUGCCGAAUUGCCCCGUCGUCAUAACCACAGACGGUGCGGUCACCGCUUCACAGAACGCGGGCAGCACCGCCGUCAAUCCGGAUGCUGCCCAGCUGACGCAGCUGCCACGUUGA